AAUAUUAUGAUUGUGAAAAAACUUAAGAUUUCAAACUCUGAAAACAGUAUAUAUUACAAAAAAUUAUUUAAAUUGUCUAUUUCACCCCUAUAAAGAGAGCUUAAAACUGAAACUAGAGAUCGGGAGCAAAGGCGUGAACAGAAAGCGAGGAAGCUUCGGGUCGCCGGCUCAAUCGACUCUGAAUUUUGUUCCCGUUCUGAGAAUUAGGGUUUCAGAUAUAUCCAGGUUGUGGACAAUACAAUGAUAUUGCAAUUGGGAGAAGCUGUAUUGAAGAAGAAUCAAGCUCACAUUUCUGUAAAUUUAGUUUGAACUUUUGGGGUUUUAGUGGCAGAACUUUAGCUCUUGGCUUUUUUGUCCAUUUCUAGUUAUUUCCCACACUGAAGCUAUGAGUCAACAACCACUUAUAUACAGUUUUGUUGCAAAAGGAAAUGUUGUUCUUGCAGAACAUACAUCAUUUUCGGGUAAUUUCAGUACUAUUGCGGUCCAAUGCCUUCAAAGGUUGCCAGCAAACAGCAACAAAUUCACCUAUUCAUGUGAUGGUCACACAUUCAACUAUCUCGUGGAUAAUGGGUUUGUUUUUCUUGUUGUUGCUGAUGAGGCUGUUGGUAGGAGCGUCCCUUUCGUGUUUCUUGAGCGAGUGAAGGAAGACUUCAUGCAUCGAUAUGGAGAAAAAGCAAAGAGCCACCCUCAUCCUCUUGAAGAUGAAGAUGAAGAUGAUGACUUUCUCGAAGAUAGAUUCAGUAUUGCAUACAAACUUGAUAGGGAAUUUGGGCCCAGGUUAAAGGAACACAUGCAAUACUGCAUGAAUCACCCUGAAGAGAUGAGUAAGCUGUCCAAGUUGAAGGCUCAAAUUACUGAGGUCAAGGGGAUCAUGAUCGACAACAUUGAGAAGGUUUUGGAUCGUGGGGAGAGAAUCGAACUUCUGGUGGAUAAAACAGAAGGCUUACAAUUCCAGGCUGAUAAUUUCCAGAGACAAGGCCGGCAACUUCGGAGGAAGAUGUGGCUGCAGAACCUGAGACUGAAAAUCAUGGUCACCAUCGCUGUGCUGGUCUUUGUCCUUAUCGUGUGGCUGAUAACAUGUAGAGGGUUCAAGUGCUGAAAGUUGAUGAAAUGAACCAGGACUGCUCCAUUACUGUGUGCAGUGGGAUCUUUGUGCUUUAUGAGACAUGGAUUUCUAUUGCAACCUUUCCCCCCUUAAUUGACAGAACAAGAUGUUAUGCAUAUCUGAUCUUUGUAUAGCCAAACCUUAUUUGUUAGAAUAUAUGUUGUGUUUUCGGUUACUGUGUAA